GUACUGGCCUAUAUUUGUACGUGCAUUGUCUGAUUUCUAAAAAAAGAUUACAUUCCCUGUAGCGGUUAGAAUAGCCCGUGAAAAAACAAACCAAACCAAAAAAAAGGAACAAUGUGGUUCGAGAGCCCUUAAGGUACGUUGGCCGCUUAAAGUCUUUUUCAAACCCAUCUUUGUGUCCAUAGGUAGAGGUAGCCUCAUGUACGAGUUCGCAAAAUUGCGGAAUCUUGUUAUGCAUACGCAAAUAAACGUUCGAUUCUGACUCCUGAGAGACUAGGGAAUGAUCCACAUUCCGUUCGAGGUUGGAGAAAGUCGUUGGACUUUUUAUAUACCUGCGUUCCACAUAUUCUUGGAAGAAAGUUGGAUCAGAAGGGAUGGUGGAGCCUUUUGUCAAAAUGUCCACUCGUGGCAAUUCUCGUUGGACACCACUGCCACCCAUGGCCGAGGACAAGAUCGUCAUUCAAAAGCAGAGCAGCCUUACGAAUUUUCCUCUUCGCCCCCUCAAAACCAAACGCCCCUUCACGCCCCGCGAUCGCCAUUGGAACCAUCACGGGCACAAUGCCGACGACCCGUUGAGCCUAGUGGGCACCAAUGUGAGAAUAUCCUUACCCUCGGUAAAGAAGAGCUUGCUCCGACUGGAAAGUAGCCGGAAGAGUUCAACCGAAAGUUUGGGAUCCAUGCGAUUGCCCGCCAUUCUUGAAUCUGACCCGCAGAACUUACGGCUGACAACAAAACCCAAACGUCAGCAGUUUCGGGCCUUGCAAGCUGCGGUCCCCCAUGAGAAUGAGGAAGUGGAUAAUAUUUUAACGGCCUCGCGGAAAUUUUCGUUCCAAGCUCAAGUGCGCACAACCGACCGCAACAACGAUAUUACUACUCCCGGUCAUUCCCUGACUGAAAUCCAAGAUUGCUUGCACAGGGUUUCGUCUGCAGAUUGUCAACUAACUCUGCUCGAGGAACUCCGGCAAUUGGCUAAAAUGCUAUCUCUAAUCAAAGCCGAUACUCAGCAACGUCGUGCCAUUUAUUCGACUCUAUCUCCAUUGGUUCAACACGAGAGCUCGGCGGUUUUGAUCGCUCUUUUAGAUGUUCUACUUCUGCUGAAGCUCUCAAGAAUUAAUUUAACCAUGGUCGCCAAGAUUCUAUUCCAUGUAGCGAGUUCGGAACGCAACGAUGAGGAGCUCCAUGCAAAAGCCAUUGUCACUCGAUUUUUUCACGCCAUUAGCGAGUCUUGUCCGGUCACUGAUGGUGACUUGAUGAUUUACGGUUAUGGUGCUUUAAAGUUUGUUUCCUUCAACAGGAACAUAUUGAAAGACCUGGUUAAUCAAGGCUUGAUGGAUGUGCUGGUGCUACAUUUACAAAUACUCUCGCAUCACAUUGAGGAGCUGAAUGAGCCCACCCCGAAUGAACUCAUAAAUGAGGUGUUCCAAAUAUCAGCUUGCUUGAGGAACGCCUUGGAUGUUCAAGAAGGGCGCAAUUCUUUUAUGAAGUUGGAUGGCCCCAGCCUCCUGGCUCGUCUCGUAGAUCAAUUCAAAAGUGAUCCAGAGAUUAUGUGCAAUAUGUCCAGGAUUUUGAGUCUGUUGUCCCUUUGUGACGACAAUGCUCAUGAGGCUUUAAAUCACAACGAUCAAUUAAUCAGUAAUAUCUUAGAACUCAUUGACAGUCACCGGGGACGACCGGAGUUAAUCGUUCGACUAGCAUUUUCUCUCGGUAACUUUGCUGCCAAGUACCAAGAAAGCCGGCGACGCAUUUUGAAUCAUGGCAACAUGCUUACAACUCUACCCGAGGUGAUGUCUCAAUAUGCCAAUCAAACUAUUCAAUCCCUGAAAGAGAGACCCACCUCGAAGGUUCUGGAGAAGAAGAGUCUGCCUUCAAAUUCGGGAGCAGGAGACACAACUGAUACUUUAAUCAAACUCAUUCGGGUUUAUGCCAACACUAGCAUCGAUGCAGAAUGUGGCGAGAAAAUUGCCUUGAACGACACCGUGGUGCAAACACUAAUCAAACUGGCGGAAGCUAGCAAUCAAAUCAAAUGUGAAGAAUUGGCUUUACCUACAUUAGCCACUCUUAACAAUUUAUCCUUCUACCCUGUCCUUCACCACGAGGAAAUCUUUGAGCAAAUCAUUCUCUUCAUCGACCGUCAGUACCCGGAGCCCAUUGCUCUGGAAGCAGUUCGGGUCUUGGGCAAUCUGAGCCGGCAUCCACAAAUUCGGGCCAAACUCCGAUCCAAUGACCAUCUCAUUCGAGUCAUCAGCCAAUGGUCUGGAGCCACCGGAAGCAAGCUCCAAUUCCCGGCUUUGGGGAUCCUAGUGAACCUGAUGACCGAUGCAGAAUUUCGCGCCAUAUUUCGACUCCGGAAUGGGACCUCACUCCUCAUAGGGCAAUUGCGCCGGAUUCAACAAACUCAGGACUAUGCUUUGGGGUCACUGCUCUGUCAAUGCUUGUGGAAUUAUUGCAUCGAUGCCGACGAUCCCAUCCAGCUCUUGGGAAAAAGGCAAUUGGAUGCGUUAGAACAAACUCUCAUUGGUCUUUUGGACUUGGACGCAGAAGAGGAUCCCAACGUAUCGCCUACGUACGCGGAAUUCUCAUCAGUGGGUUUCUACCUUUUGAGCAAGUUGUGUUCUGAAUGACCGACCACACGUUUCGACCAUUCUCUAAAUUCAAAAGCAUUUACCACGAAAAUAUCAUUCUACGAACAAAUAAAGCGUCAAUGAAACCACAGCAA